AUGGAGAAUACUGUGUCUUUACAGAUUGUUGAUUAUACCGUAAUAGUGUUAACAUUGUCUGUCUCUUUGGGGAUCGGAGUCCUGUUUGCUGUAAAAGAUUUCAGAAAUGUCAACAGAACGGAGUAUCUACUUGGCGGACGACGCAUGUUUAUGUUGCCUGUUGCAUUAUCUAUUUUUGCAACGUUUACAUCGGGCAUCACCCUUGUGGGAAUGGUUACGGACAUCUACAUGAACGGAUGUAUGGCAGCUGCAUUAUUUGUCGGAGUGUCCAUGGGUUACAUUGUCGCUGCGUUUACUAUUGUGCCUCUGCUGUUCCACUCCAACACUCUACGAUUGUUUGUUGUCCUGGUUGGAAUGCUACAAACUUUAUGCUUCAUGGCUAUCGCUCUGCUCUCGCCAGCUUUAGCAUUGCAGGCAGGAGCUAAUCUGCCCAUCUGGGUAUCCGUGGGUAUAGUGGGUGUAAUCGGGACUGUCUACACCGCCAUCGGGGGCAUCAAGAGUGUCGUGUGGACAGAUGUUUUCCAGGGCCUUGUGAUGCUGACGGGUCUGUUUACCAUCAUCAUUAAAGGAUCAAUAAUUGUUGGAGGGGGAGAUAAGGUCUGGAGGGUUUCAAGAGCUGGAGGGCGCGCUGACUUUACAAACUUCAGUCUGGAUCCUCGAGUUGGCGACACCUGGUGGGGAGCAGCCAUUGGGACGACUUUCUUUUGGCUAGGCAACAUCUGCAACCAGUCUUCUUCACAGCGUAUCUCAGCCAUGAAGUCAAUGACCGAGGCUAAGAAAGCCUUUUUACUGAACGCUGUUAUGAUGUUGUUGUAUGGGAGCCUUCUGGUUGUAGUUGGAUGGGUCAUGUAUGCCUAUUUUACUCACGUGCGUUGUGAUCCAUUUCAGGCUGGGAUUGUCAGUAACGCCAACCAACUGCCACCAUAUUUUGUGAUGCACGCGCUGACAGAUUUGCCAGGAAUGGGUGGACUUUACUUUUCUAUGGUAUUCAGUGGCUCGUUGAGUACAAUCUCUUCUGGAAUAAGUUCUCUGGCCGCCAACACGGUAGAAGACCUAAUGAAGACACCACUGAAGAACUUUAAAGAAGCUACCGUGACGUUUAUAACAAAAGUAUUUGUGUUCGGAUAUGGGCUGCUGAUUAUAGGACUUGCAUUUUCGGCCAGCUACUUAAAAGGUCCUUUAAUUAAUAUGGUGUUUAGUAGCGUUGGAGCCUGCGGAGGGCCUAUUCUGGGCAUCUUUCUACUUGGCGCCCUUGUUCCCUGGUCUAACAAAUACGGAGCUAUCUGUGGGGGCAUUGUUGCGUUUGUAUUCAAUCUAUGGCUUACAAUAGGAAAUUUAAUGUACGGACGUAACGUAUAUGCCCUAUCGCCCCCAACAAGUGAUAUGUGUUUUCGGAAUUCCUCAAUGAUCAAGUUUGCUGCAGUCAACGUGUCACAGACAUAUUUUAGUAAUCAAACGCUGUAUUCUCGUGCAGUCAGUAAUACUUUGGUUGAUCAAAUAAUAAAACAGUAUCGGUAUAGUUUUUUCCUGUAUGAUAUCUCUGUCGAUUGGUAUGGUUUUAUUGGUACUGUUGUAUGUUUUAUGUUCGGUAUCACAAUUAGUUUUUGUACUCGGAGACGAUGCAUGCGAGUUACAGAUACCAGAUUACUUCUUCCUUGUGUUCGGCGGAUUAAUUUGUCGAAACUGUCUAACGGCGUGGGAGAGCGGAACGUUGCGGAUGGAAAUGUCAAGUUAAUUCUGUACAAACCUGACUUGCAAUCGACCACAUAA